AUGGACGAGGAGAUGUUCCAGGAGCUGCUGCGACUGGUGACACCCCUCAUUCAGAAGCAGGAUACCAACAUGCGGCAGGCCAUAUCUGUGCAGGACCGGCUGGUGGCUACCCUGCGCUAUGUGGCUACCGGGAGAUCGCUGCAGGACCUGAAGUUCAGUACCCUGAUCUCCCCGCAGGCUAUGGGGCUCAUCAUUCCAGAGACCUGUAAGGCCUUGUACACUGUCCUUAAAAAUGACUACUUUAAGUUUCCGACUUCAGCUGAGGAGUGGAGGGCUAUUGCGGAGGAAUUCCAAGACCAGUGGAACUUCCCCAAUUGUGGAGGUGCAAUUGACGGGAAACAUGUGCGCAUCACACCUCCAAGCAAUAGUGGAUCCCUUUAUUUUAACUAUAAAGGGUACUUUAGCAUUGUCUUAAUGGCAAUAGUAAAUGCAGAUUAUGAAUUCAUUUAUAUUGAUGUGGGGAAGAAUGGCCGAGCCUCAGAUGGGGGCUGCUUAAAGGACACCAUAUUUUAUGAAAGGCUGUUAUCCAAUCAGCUGCAUUUACCUGAGGCCGAGUCUUGCAAAAACGGGAUGAACUUUGUUUUCGUUGCCGAUGAAGCCUUUGCUCUUCAUGAGCAUAUCCUAAAGCCCUUUCCACAAAGAAGCCUCACCCAUGAGAAACGGAUCUUUAACUAUCGCUUGUCUCGGGCCCGGCGCGUAGUGAAGAAUGCAUUUGGGAUCCUGAGCAGGCGAUUUAGAAUCUUUAACUCUGCGAUAGAUUUGCGGGUGGACAAGAUUACCUGGGUUGUGAAUGGCUGUUGUGCUUUGCACAAUUAUCUUCGGCGGAAAAAACUCCAAUCAAGGCCUCAACCUGUUGCUGUACCUGGUGGCAAGUCACGGAAUACAGGCUCUCUCAUGUGGGAUGGUGUGGAAACCCCUGCUGGACACACCACCCAAUCUUCCAAUGCCAAAAAGGUCAGAGAAGAAUACAUGGCCUAUUUUAAUGGAGUGGGGGCAGUGGACUGGCAGGAAGAUGAAAUGUAAUCAAUGUUGUUUUGUGGUUAAUGUCUGAAUAAA